CUGUUUACCACAUCUCUCUGCCUUUCACUUGGCUUGACAUAACGGUGAAUGUGUGGCUUCCCCUCUGCUAGAGGGCGUGGACCACAGCUGGGGGCGGUGAUGGGGAACAACGUGCUCUGUGUGUACAAGCAGCAGUGAUAAGACAACAAGCCAGUUUGACUUCAGGCAACCAGAACGUCACAGAUCCCUCCGGCUCUGUAAAUCAGUUUAUCCCGCUUUGAAGAGUGACAAAAAGGACGACCUGUUGAAGAUUUCAAAGCAAAACCGUUUCUGACAUGCACUUUGAUAAAUCUCCAAAAGAGAAGCCGUGUUGCACUCUGCCCACAGUGAAGAAACUCUUGGAGCAGAAGAGAAGGCGUGAGACGUCCUCAGUGCCACCUCCCUGUGCUACAGCCAGCACAAGUCCCGUUCCUCCAACUACACAAUUGUCUUCAUCAGAACCAUUUACCUGUCCAGGUGCAUCAAGCAGCUACUCAGACAUGGCAGUGAGCUAUGAGCAGUGGUCUCCAGCACCAGAGUCUUCACUCAGUUACUACCCCAGCCACCCAGGAUCCAGCUAUGCUGCAGCCUACAACCUCCCUAUGACAGAUGAAUAUGGCUCACAGCAGCAGGUCCCAGGAUUUGGAGAUACAAUGACAUAUGAGUGCCCGAUGACAGUCGCAGAUCCCAGUAUGGCUUCGUCUUCUUGGUCCCUUCUAAAUCCCAGUCAGACCACACUGGGUUUUGGUUCGUCGAUGGAUGCCACCAAGCUGGAAGAAGCCAGGAUGCUGCUCAGCACAAUGGACUACAGCAGAGCCACCAGGCAGGAUGAAGACGGAGACACCAUCCUUCACAUCUACACUGCCAAGGGGCUCAGGGAGUGUGCCUUUGCUGCUGCAGAGAGGCUGAGGGAUAUAGGCAGGCUUGAUGCCAAAGAACACAAGGGAAAGACUGCUUUACUGGUGGCGGUGACGGCAAACCAGCCAGAGAUUGUGCAAGAUCUGCUGUCAUUAGGAACGGACAUCAAUGCCUGUGAUGUUAAAGGACAAACUGCCCUCCAUCUGGCUGCCCACUAUGGCUUACCUGGGGUUCUGCAGGCAAUUCUGUGUAGCAGGCCGGCUGUCAACUUAGAGGCCCGUAAUUUUGAAGGUAUGACUCCUUUGCACUGUGCAGCCAUUUCACACAGUAUCACCAAGAAGGCUUUGUCUAGCAGUGGGCUGGCAGAUGUUAGUCUUCAGAACAAGGCUGCGGAGAAGCUCUCCUGUGUGCAGAUGCUUCUCAAUGCAGGGGCAUCCCUGCUCAGCCAGGAAAUCAAAAGUAACAAGACUGUGCUGCACUUGGCUGUAAAGGAGGGGAACAUCGAGCUAGUGUGUUAUUUGCUGAGGAUUCCCCUGCCGAAUGUGAAAGAAUUUGUCAACUUGAAAGCUCAUGGUCACACAGCUUUACACAUGGCUGCUGGUCUCCAUGGCAACCCCCACCAGGAGGAGAUCAUGCGGCUGCUUCUGAGCAGAGGAGCUGAUCCCAGCAUCCGCAACCUGGAGAACGACCAGCCAGCUCACCUGCUGCAGAGUGGUGUCCAGGGAGAGCAGCUCAAGCUCAUGCUGAAGAAACGAAGCGCUUCUUCUCGUCGACGUAUCAUGUCCUUGCAGGACCAGGAAUGAUUUGGACCACUUGUAAUCCCCAUUUAGAGGGAAUAAGACGUUGCCUCUGUUGAGAAGGGUAUUUAUUGUUACAUGGUUUUGGGAGUCUCUGGCCUAUAUAUUGUUAAUAAACUAGUUUGGCAUAUCAAUCUCUACAUAUAAUUCACAUUGGAUUAGACAAAUUAUGCUUUUAAUGCAUAAAGCUUAAAUUGCCUGCUUAAGUGCUUUAUUUAUUUUUCCUCGCACAGGGUGAAAUAUUUAUGUGUAGGUGAAGCAUUUUGUUCCAAAAUGUGACAUCCUCCAUCGAGCCUUUUCACAAAAUGCUCCUGCUGUUGCUGACAAAUUGGCAUGUGUUUAAAAUUAGAGACACUUUAAUUUAUGUAUUUAUUUAUUUUUUGAUAAAUAUUUGACAUUUUGAAAUGAAAGCCUUUACAUGAACAGCAUUAGUGAUCUGCAAAUGCAAAUAGAAGGUAUAGACAGUGGAAGGUGUAUUAAUAGUGUAGGUGUAAUAGUAAUAAUAACUUUCCUAAUAGGCCACACUCCCAGUUUAAUGUUGAUUUCUAUGAAAUCGUUUGUAUGACCUCCAGGACAAUGUCCCUGAAACCCCUCUGACUCUCUCGUCAAAACCCCCAUCAUGAUAAGCUAUCAUAUUGAUACACUGAGUGAUGGUUUUGAUUUCAGUCAACAUGUGUACUUAUGUUAAGAAUGUGUGUGAUCAAAGUGAGAAUGAUCUAUCAUAUAAUUGAACUUUCUCUCUGUAUGCAUCAUACUUAUGUGUAUAACACCAGGUACAAUUUAUUUUCUUUGUGGAAAAAGAAGCUUUACUGUGUAAAAUUAUUAUGUAUUUGAAACUGAUUGUGACACAUGAUGAAUGUUCUUAUCACAUAGACAUUACAUGAGUAAGUGCAGUGACACAUUGUCUGACUAACUGUACAUUUUACUCAUGAGUCAUGAAUAAAGGUACAAUAACACUGCAUUUAAAGUUCCAUACAAUUGUUUUGAUGUUAAGGGCACCCUUUGAACAGUCCCACUUACAUAUGGCGACUGAAAUUAGCAGAAUGGAAAAUACACCAUCCCACUAGAAAGAUGUGUCUACAGCAGUAGUAAACAGUCACAUUUAAGGAGUAUUUAUUUUUCAAGCUCAAUUUCCUCCGGAGUUCACUGCUAUGACAAUCAGCCUUAGUCACAGGUGAAAUGAGAUUUGGUUUUGACUGUAAUUUCAGUGAUAAAUAAGGUUUGAGCUGCCUCUCACUUAUGUGUCACCUCUGUUAUUAGACACUGUAAAUUCCUGUGUUAGUGGAAAGGAAAGUAAACAACACAAUAUAUUUUCUCAUUUCUACAGCAUAUUC